UUUUGAAGCCAGCCUGGGCUAUAUAGUUUGAGGCCAGCUUGGACUGCAUAACUAACUACAUAGAGAGACACUGUCCUCAAAAAAGCCCCUAAAAUUCUAUUGUGAAACGCAUGACUUUUUUUUUACAUUUUCUUAUAGUCUGCCUUGUCCAUGUAAAGCACCAAUUUUAUAACUUUCCUUUGCAUCUCUAGUCCACCUGUGCCAAAAUAAAUGAUUGUUCAAAAUAAGGCCAUACUUGUAUAUAGUCUUCAGCGUCCCAGGCCCUAUCUGUCUCGAGCUCCACCAUACUCAGAGGUGGCCCUUGAGACCAGGACGGUGACCAUCACUCCCUAGCCCUGCCAGACAAAAGGAGAGAGCAACGGCUCACGGAAACAAGUAAAUGUAGCCUUGAGUAAAUCGCCCCGUGUCCAGCUAGGAAUCUUUAGGGUGGGUCCUCCCAGUCCUUUUCCCUGCCCCCGCCCCGCCCUUUCCGCUACGCCCCUGAAGACGGUCUGGCCAAACCCUCAGGGCUUUAGAGGAGCGGAACUGGUCCCUUUCCUCCACCCGUAAAGUGCGUCUGACUUCCGGUAACGCUACUUCCGGUUGACGACAACGGCCGCGACUUGGUACAGAGCCCUCCUCAAGACGAGAUCUUACCGGACCUCUGCCGAUUCAACUUUCCCCGUUGGAACAGGCUUCACCUUGGAUCAUGUUCAAGAAAUUUGACGAAAAGGAGAAUGUGUCCAAUUGCAUCCAGUUGAAAACUUCAGUUAUAAAGGGUAUUAAGAACCAACUGAUAGAGCAGUUUCCAGAUAUUGAGCCAUGGCUUAAUCAAAUCAUGCCUAAGAAAGAGCCUGUGAAAAUAGUCCGAUGCCAUGAGCAUACAGAAAUCCUUACGGUAAAUGGUGAAUUAAUAUUUUUUAGACAAAGAAAAGGACCGUUUUAUCCAACUCUAAGGUUACUUCACAAAUACCCUUUUAUCCUGCCACACCAGCAAGUUGAUAAAGGAGCCAUCAAAUUUGUGCUCAGUGGAGCAAAUAUCAUGUGCCCAGGUUUAACUUCUCCGGGAGCAAAGCUUUACCCUGCUGCAGUAGAUAUGAUUGUUGCAGUCAUGGCAGAAGGAAAACAACAUGCUCUGUGCAUUGGAGUCAUGAAGAUGUCCGGAGAAGACAUUGGGAAAAUUAACAAAGGAAUUGGCAUUGAAAAUAUCCAUUAUUUAAAUGAUGGGCUGUGGCACAUGAAGACAUAUAAAUGAGACUUAAAUGCACUUAUGCUAAAUAGGGAUAUUGUGUUGUAUAUAUGUUUGUGUCUUUGUGUGAUAGCAUGACGACAGUGUGCUGAAUAAAUUAAUAGAUCCCUUUUUUAAAAAAAGUUUAAACCACAGUGCUGUUACCACUGAGGACAAAAUAGAUUGGGGGACAAGCAGCAGUGUGCUGCACUCUGCAAUCUGAAAGGAGUGACUGGAUUCUGACCCUUGGCAACCUCUACCACCUCACUGGGCUUCUUUAUUCACAAGCUUGGAAACAAUGGAAAAUGGGUCUGCCAGGAUGGUUACCAGAGGGCUCCUCAUACGGGGAGCGUCAGAGACUCCCUCCUGCCUUUUCCUCAGGCCUCCAUGUCUUACUUUUUUCUACUGCUAGUGAACUAGGGCUACCAGCAACCUUCUUGAUUCCUGUGGUGGCAAAGUAGGAAGAUCACACAAUAACUAGGACUUUGCUAAAGAUCUUAGCUCAGUGGCAGCUGUGUGCCAGGCAUUGUGCUGCUUGCAUUAUAAGGACCAUCUCCCUCCCCCUACAGCCCUGUGAAGGAGGUACUGUUGCCAUUUUUAUGAACAAGAAAACUGAAGCUCAGAGAGGGAACUGCCUCCCCCAAAGUCACAUAGCUCCAAGUGACAGAGCCUAUGCCUCUAACACCAAGGACCAUCUCCCACUCAACCUGUAUUCUCUCUAGACCUGGCUCCUCCUCUAGAAAGUUGGAGGGGUUGGGGGUAGCUCCAAUGAGCGCUCUCUGUCCCCAUAUUCCCUCUAGCCUGGGGCUGAACCCCUGGGCCUGUGGGUCACUGACAGUGUCCACAGCCAUGCCCUCCUCCGUCCAGGGGCUGACAGGUGGGAGGGGCAGCCCCGCCCCGGGGAGUGGGCUUACCUGGCCUCUCU